CCCCUUUUCUCUCUCUUCUCUCUUGCUUCUGCUUUCUCUUCGGCGUUGCGUUUAUUUUGAUCGGAAGCCUUUGAACUUCUGAGGUUUUGAUGCUUGAGCCACUGGGUUCCCCAGCCGCUCAAGCAUGCUGAAGCCGACCUGUGCUCCCUCCUCCGAUGACCCUUCGGGGUCUGUCGGUUUCUGGCUUGUUUUUACAAGUCCGGCAACCCCGACUCUUUUCGGUGUAGGGGCUCGUUGGUUGUCCAGAUCUGGCCACCGUCGGUCUGGAUCCCUGCCACGGUGUUCUAGAGAUUUCACGCCAUCCUCUCCCGAGUAGAUUGAAGAGUGUCCCAUAGCUGUAUCGGCCGACUACAGGUUGCGCGAGUGUCUUCACCACCCUUUCUCCACUGCAACGGGUCUACUCUACCUUGUUUCUCCGGUGUGUUCUUUCUUUGUUUGAUACUCUUAUCCCUUUGCAUAAAACCUUGAUGUACAU